ACUACGUACUGUGCAUGGUAGAGUCACCAGCGAGAAGUCAAGGUUGUCUGUCAGCUACUGCAUGCAAGCAGCGCGCGAUAUUGAUUACAAGUACUGUGUUUACGUCUGCACAUUUUGACGUGCGGACGUGUUAGAUUUCUCCUCAUUUCCCCCAAACUGUCAGCGCUUUACUUGGCUGAAGGGAUGGCACAUGACAUGUGCAGACGGACUGUUUUCCUCGGGGCCCAGAAAUGCCCUCAGUAUAUCAUAGACAACGUCGCAAUUCCAGAGAUUUCAGCAGGUCAAGUUCUUGCCAAAAUUCGACUGGCAACGAUAUGUGGUUCCGAUGUGCACACGAUGCAAGGCAAGCGAAUUGAGGAAACUCCCAGCAUCCUUGGGCACGAAGGAGUGGCAGAAAUUGUCCAUGAUGAGAGGCGUAACCAUGGCAACCUGAGCCCCGGCGACCGCAUCACGUUCUCUGUGAUGGACAGCUGUGGCGAAUGUGAAAGAUGCACACAGGGACUGACUCAGAAGUGUGCCAAGCUCUUUAAGUAUGGCCAUUCCUCGAUACAUGUGCGGACAGGCCUCAGUGGUUGCUACGCUUCGCACAUCGUUCUUCACGAAGGCACUCGCAUCGUCAAACUACCGGAAAAUGUCACUGACAAAAUGGCCGCCCCCAUCAACUGUGCCUUAGCAACCAUGGUGAAUGCAAUGGGCAGUUUUGAGCACAAGAGGGCCUCACAGAAGAGUGUUCUUGUUCAGGGUGCAGGGCUGUUAGGGAUCUAUGCCUGUGCCUUACUACACGAUGCUGGCUUUGGCAAGAUUUACUGCUCAGAUCCCAAGCCCAACAGAUUGAAGAUGGUCCCGCUGUUCGGGGGAAGCCCAAUUCAGUCUGGGAAAGAAUGUGAAGUCCUUCAGGAUGGUGAAAUUGACAUUGUGAUUGAGGUAUGUGGUGUGGGUUCCGCCAUAGCUCUAGGAAUGCGACUCUUGAAACCGGGUGGGACCUACAUUCUAGCGGGUCUUGUGCAUCCGGACUCACUCCUGAAUGUCACAGCAGAGAGUAUCAUCCGAAAGUGCCUGACAAUCAAAGGUGUCCACAAUUACAGCCAUCAACAUCUAGAUGAGGCAGUGGCAUUUCUGUCUCGGACAGCCAGCAAGUACCCGUAUGAGCAGCUGGUGGGCCCGGCGUUCUCUCUGAACCAAUUUGAGUCUGCUGUGCAGGAGGCCAUUCAGGGUCGCUUCUGGAGAAUCGCCUUGAAUCCAGCACUAAUGGAAUAAUGGCCGUUGACUAGAUACAUGCAGUAUAUCGGUGGUGUGAUAGCAUUGGGUAUAGCACUUGCGGGGGUGAGGGGGGGGGGGACAUGGGCCUCCUUAUUGGGGGCCAUGUGUCUCCCAAACCAACCCCUUCUGUAGAAAUUCCCCACCUCCAAAGAUGGAGUAGAUCUAGACAAAAGAGUUUUUGUGCAUGUAUAUUUUAAAGCCAAGACUCACAUGUAACUGUUCCCCUUUUGAAUAGGAAAAUUGAAAUUGAACCAAAGUUACACUGCUGUAGUAGAGGUGAUCGAUAUACAUUUAAGAAUGCAUUUGAAUUUUUAAGGUAAUACCUGUUGAUGAAAGCAUGUACUUUUUUAAGGGGAAAAAAGAGGAAAUUCAGUUGACUUGUGGAGAACUUUCACAUCCUAUCACCGCUUCAUUGACAAUAGGAGGCUCUAGUGCAACACACAAACAGAAUCUUUUAGAGUGCAUUCCAUAACUUAAAUGAGUGUAUAUGAUUAAUAGGAUUAUAGAAUUUUCUCUUGCUCUAUUUCAUGAGUAGAAUUUGUUAGUGGAAUGAUUAACGGGCUUUGAACACUUGGACUGUCAUAUUCUAGAUUUACUGAUGUAACUGUAUUUUUAUCUUAAAUGUUAUUGCACGCAGUUGCCUUCUUUGAGAUUUUAUGUACAAUUUAUGAUUAAGUAAAUUUGUGUAUAAAGUCAUCUGUAUUUUCGUGUAAAUAUGCUUGUAUACUGUUCCAAAGAUUUGUCUUAGUAUGUAUAUCCAUAGGUGAAGAUAUAUUUCUGUAUUUGUCUAUGAAUAGCACAGAUUUCGUAAAAAAGGUUUGUAUGGACACUUAACGAGACAAGUAACAUUAUAUAUUUUGUACAAGUAGCACUUCAAAGUUGUACUUUCAAUACUUAUAUUGAUCAUUUAAUUACGAUUCCAUAGAUCACCUUGCAAUUUUUGUCUAUUACACUAUGCAUGUUAAACAGUAAUAAGUCUUUGGCUUACUUCGUUUCCUCAUCACAUGUCACAUAAAUGUAUUGUCGGAGCUUGGAAAUUAAAUGGCUUGGUAAGACUAACAUCAAAAUUAUGUAGUAAGUUUAAUGCAUGUAUAAGUAGAACGUAAGAAGAAAUCGCAUCUUCCGUUUUUAUCCACAUGUUUCUGAAUCACGCAAUUUUUGUCUUGAGGUGUUGACGUUGUACUCGAUGGUUUCACAUGUUUUUCGUGGACGUUUACAAUUCAUGGAUGUGCUUAAUUAGUGGUGUUUGCAUGCAAAGACCCAA